ACAACACUCUUCCUCUUUUGUCAAUUGUUAAAAAGUCAAAUCCUCAAUUGUUCCUGGUGGAUAUAAAUUAGCCUAAGAAGAAAAUAGGGAUUUCCCUCCCCCUCCUAAAACAAAUACAUAAAUUAAUACUGCUUGAGGAUAAAAGAGCUGCUUGGUUUCUCUCAAAUACUCUCACUAGAGAAUCAGAGAAAAAUAUGCAAAGAACAUUGAUAUAAAAUAGAAAUUUUAAAAUAUAUAAAAUCUUUUAAUGCAAUAUUAAGAUUAUAACUUUUUAAACAGUCAAGAAAUGCAUAUAUGACAGUAAGUUGUUACAGUAGUCUUAAAUUACACAUACUGUACAUGGCAAUAGAGGGUCCUGUGGCACCUUUAAAACUAACAGAAGUAUUGGGAGCAUAAGCUUUCGUGGGUAAGAUCCUCACUUCUUCAGAUGCACUGUCCAUACAAUUUAGAAUCCAAUUUUGCCCACAUAUAAAUCCAUACAACUCCUGUUGAAAACAAUGGACUUUUUUUUUUAUUGAAAGUCCUCUGUAUAUUAAAGUAAAAGUUGCUGUCUAACCUUAAUAUUAGAUUAAUUUAAGUAAUCACCAUUCUACAGAUUUUAUUAUGUAAGCUCUUGCCUGUGCAGUUUUGGAAUUACAGAAUUAUGAAAGUCCACAGUGGAAUAGCAAUGCAAAACUACAUGUAUGCGUUACCCCACGGUUGAAAAACGAGCAAAAGCCUUCAAUGGAGCAAGCUAUGUGACCGUACCAGAGGACAGUGUUUUUCUUAAAGCAUUACUUUUUGAACUUAAGCUGACAGAUCCAGACAAGAACUUUGUGGAAUAUCGGGAUAGCUGUUCUCGAAUCAACAAGACUUCAGUGUAUGCGCUUCCAACAGGAGGAGGGGACCUUUGGCCUGUCCUGGCCUUUCAGAAGAGUGGUUUGAUAUAUGUUUGUCUUCCCCUAGUUGAGCAAUCCUUGAAGCCACGCCCACCCCUUAUUAGCAUUAGUGGAAUCUCACAAGCCUUCGCUGUCUUAUCAGGAUUGCUGGUCUUCAUUAACUCCAGUCAGAAGAAUGAAGCUGAGAUGAGUGCAAAAGUGGGCCAACUUCCAAGUUUGCUCAUGCAGGCCUGUCCACUUGGCACCCCAUUAGAUACAAACUUGAAUGGCUUAUUAGAUAACAUUCAUGUUUCUACAAACCACACACAGAAACAACCAGUUUGGAGAAUUAGCACAUACAAAGGCAAACCUCAGGUUAAUGUUUGUAUCACUGAAAAAGUCAAGUCCAUGCAAUAUGACAAAAGGGAUGUUGCAGAUAUGUGGCAAGUUUAUGGAACUGUGACUUGUAAGUGUGAUUUGGAAGGAGCUACAUCAAAUGUGACUGUCAGCUUGAACCUCCCUGCCAAUGGCUCUCCACUCCAGGAUAUCCUGGUGCAUCCCUGUGUGACUUCCCUUGACUCUGCAAUUCUUACUUCCUGUAGCGUUGAUGUCAUGGAUGAUUCUGCAUUUAGUGGGCCAUACAAACUUCCUUUCACUCCUCCUUCUGACUUAUUCAAUUUGUGCUACUAUACUUCCCAGGUGCCUGUACCACCAAUUUUGGGAUUUUACCAGCUGAAGGAAGAAGAAUUGCAAUUAAAAUUAACAGUUAAUUUAAAACUUCAUGAAAGUGUAAAAAAUGCUUUUGAGUAUUGUGAAGCUCGUAUACCUUUCUUUAACAGGGGUCCAGUCACUCAUUUGGAGUACAAAGUUAGUUAUGGUCAGCUAGAUGUAUCUCGAGAGAAAAGCUUAUUGGUUUGGGUGAUAGGACAAAAGUUUCCCAAAUCAUUAGAAAUUUCUCUGACUGGAACUGUGACUUUUGGUUCUAUGAGCAAAGAACAACCAGUUGAUCCAAUUUGCAGUGGGAGUACUGCAUAUGUAAAACUUUAUUUUAGGAUCCCAGACUAUACACUUACUGGAUGUUAUGCAGACCAGCAUUCUGUUCAGGUCUUUUCAUCAGGAAAACCAAAAAUAAGUACAUCCCGGGAAUUGAUUUCCUCCGAUUAUUACAUCUGGAAUUCCAAAGCCCCAGCACCUGUAGUGUACAGAACAUUAUUUUUCUAAUUUCCCUGUGAAGAAUUUUUGUAUUUGAACAAAAAAAGACCGCUAUCAAAAGUGAUGUUAAUAUAUUGCAAAGGGGGAGGUGGGAAAGCAGUAUUUUUAAUGAAUAUAUUUGUAUUUAAGUUCCUGUUUUGGGGGGAAACAUUUCAAUUAAAUUAAAUUUAUCUUGUUUGCUUUAAAAUUUUUAGUCCUAGAUACUAUUUGAAAGAAUACACUUUAAAAUCUGAUUCCACCCCUCCAUCUCUACCCCACACACAUCUUCCCGGUAUUAUUAACUUUUACAAAAUAAAGAUCCAAUGCUGCAAGUUGGUAUGGAUGAGCCCUGUUCAGAUGGAAAAUGCCACUGACUUCAGUUUCUGCGUAGGCACCAGCGUCCAUCAACACACAGACUUACAGGCCCACAUAAAGUGCCUGAUCUUACUCCUAUAAUGAAGUCAGUUGGAGUCAGAUUGGACCCUAAGUUAAUAGGGCAGUCCAAUAGCAAAGAAUCCUUUUUAUCUUUGUCUUCAUACAGCUGCUCUUCCCAAUUUGUUUUGUGUGUGGUUCUGUAUGAAGUAUAUAUGAACACUUUAGCUCAUUUAUAUUUUAGUAAUGGCAAAUGAAUUGUAUCGUGCUUUUAAAGUUGGGAACAAUAACCACAUAAUUACAUUGAUAGCAAUAAUCUGGAAAUCUACCUUUUAGAUAGCAUUGUUAUAGGAGACAGUAGCAAAGAUUAUACAGAGAUGCAAAUACAGUUUAAAAAACAAAUCACAGAAUAUUAACAAAAAAUAGCUAACAAAAUUAUCCAAGUUUGUUAACGUGCUGAAAAGUAUCACUAACCCACUUUCGUUGGAAAACUGGGCUUAAAGGCAAGGGAGUGUGAGUUUACAGAGGCAAACCUCUAAUUUUGAGAAGAAAAUUGGUAUCUGCAGGAACACAGGAACCGGACUUUAAGAGAGAUAUCAGGAAAUGAGCAAAUUGUGAAAGGCUGGGGGGGAAAAGAUGGGAACCUGGAGAGCAACACAAAAGAAGAGAAGAAUGCCGCCUCUAAUAACUGAGCACCGUGGCUGCUGCUACAGUACCUCUUGUUUAACUGUACGCUGUGUGAUAAAUAAGAUUAGUGAUUAUAUAAGGAGGAAAGUUUUAAGCUAUAAUUUAAAUAUGCUUAGAUUGAGAUAGUAAUCUAAUUGGUUGGUUAAACGUUCUAAAGAGUAGAUUAAUUUAUGUGAACCAUGCAGCUCAGCUGAAACUGCUAUGCAAACUUCUAAAGGACAGCUACAGUAUGGUGGAAUUAAAAUGACCCAUUUUACAAAGAUGCUGCAUUCAUUUUUACUACGGGACAAAGAGUGCGUUCAUAAAUUUCCUAGAGUUUUGACCCCCACCCUUGCCCCCCAAAGACUCUGUCAUACAUACAGACCAACACUGUGCUCAGAUUAGGCUAGAGAAUGUAAAAAAAAAAAAAAAUUAAAAGUUUUUUUUUUUAAAAAAAGUUAGGGCAUGGUCUGCCCCCCGCCUCCCUAUGUACAAGAAAGCUACAGAAAGGCCAUGAAUCUGAAUUUCACCUUGUGGGGAUUGCUUUGCACCAUCCCAGUAGAGGGAAAGGGGAUUUGUUCACCCUUCAUAGCAGGUAUUACCUUUGUAAUUCACAGAUGUCCAAGAAUCUCCAGGACAAUCUGUGUAUCUUGGAGUAUCAACAGAGGCUGAGGAAUUCAUUGUGUGAUAGGAGAAGCUCCCUUGUCCAUGAAAGCAGGGUUGCUUCACAAGCUAUGCUCCUUUUGGUUUGCCUCCUGUCCAUGCUUCCAAAUCUCCCUAAGUGAGGAAGACUUCAGUGUGCAAGAAGGGAAAGUGAUUGGCAGGAUUAAUUUACGUGCGGAUGUCAGUGAAGGUUUGUAGGGGGAUGAUAGUGCAGGUGGUGUCUCUCCUCAGGCCAUGACCAGCCUCUCUCACCUCACUGGAAACCAUGGACAUCCCAUGGCAGAAAACUCCUUCAUAGUCAGACAAAAUGUGGCUCAUUGGCCUUCAAUGGGAUGUUUUGAGAGCAUGAUUUGGCCCAUAUGUUGGAAAGCAGCUAUGAACUAGUCAGCCUAAAAGGCAAACGGAGGUAGACCAAGCAUGUCUGAGCUAAACAGCUUUGUUUAAUAGCCACAAGACCUCUCUCUGUUGUGGUGAUUGUGAGAUAGCCACAGCAUGAACAAUGGGAAACAGUAUUGUUGGUUUUUUACUGCUAAUUAUAACCACCACAAUCCCCCAUGAUACCUAAUGGAAAUGCUAUCUGAAAAUGUCAUGCCCACAGUGAGAUUACUAUAUAGGAGAGGUUAGAGAAAAAAUUCUCUGUUUUCUCAAUUUGUUUACUUUGUGUAUUUCAUGGUAUGUUGUGUUUAGCCAGGUUCACUGUUUCCCUAUCAGUUUUUCUCAUUUGUGUGGGUCUUUCAGACACAAUAACGGCGAGAGAAACUUUUUUUAUAUCAGGAAAAUGUGAUUGUGAACCCACAAAAUAAAAAGUUCCUGCAACUAC